AUGGCCACCAUAACAUUUGCCGUAGCAAAAGUCGACGUAUGCACGAAAAACCAUGCUACAACUGAAGAUUUAAGUGAAUUUGAUGUGGCUCGAUGGGCAGCUAAAAGUCAAAAGUUAUCAUUAGAGAAUUUUCAAACCAAUUAUCCGUUAGUUAGUGAUCUUAAUGGAAAUAAUCAUCGAAUUAAAAAUGCUUUUGUUGGAUCCGUAUUCAAAGCUUAUUGUGAACAUUAUCCACUUGAAUUCAGUGUCGAAGAUAUUUGGGUUGCUAUUACUCAAGGUGUCAGCAUUCAUCUAAAUGAAAAUGCUGAAAAAUAUCGAGAAUUAAUGGUAUCACAUGAAGGAAAAAAAACAUUGACACUUUCAGUAGAUAGUCUUCGAAUACCUGAUUCUGCUCGACCUAAAACAGGAAAUAAAUCUGUACCUGGUAUUAAUUGGCCAGCAGCUGUUAGUCAAAUGGGUGAAUUAAUUAGAGGUGAUAUGAAAACCGAUUUAGCUACGCUCUUGACUACUCCUUUUUCUGGUACAACUCAAGUCGAACAAGCUGUUUUUGAUUGUACAUUAAUGGAUAGUGUGAAAGCGUAUUAUGAUUUUCGAUUUAGUCUAUGCUGUGGUCUUCCACAAGUGACAUUACGCGGUUCACCAGAAGAUUUUCAACAAGUUAUUAAUCGAGUAAAUCAACUUCGUAGUAUUUUUACUGAUUUUCAUUGGUGGCUGGAUGUUCUUCUACUCCAUUUGCAACAAUUAAAGGCAAGUGCUGAAGGAAAACCUGAUAUUGAUUGGUGGCAAAAAAUCUGUCACAGUGUAGGUGGCGGAUCUGAUAUUAGUAUGUUAGCUGGAUGGCUGGCUGAUUUUGUUCCAUAUAUUUCAGAUGGAAAAGGCCAUUAUACAAAAGCUCGACGUGAUCAUCAUCAUCAUACACAAGGUAUGAUCAAUGGCAUUGAAUUUGGUGAUUUUAGUGAGGCCGUAACUCAAACAGAUUUUAUUUUGGACGAUAAUGGCCAUGAAACUAAAAUGAAAUUAAUUGCUGGAUUUUUAGGUAUUGGUCAAAAUAUUAAAACAGGUGCACUUCGUCCAUGUCUUGGUUGGUUAACAGCAUUACCAGUUUAG